AUGUCCUCCUUGCUGCUCCGUGUGCCAAAGAAGGCAGCCCUGACAGCCCUGCGCGGCCUGAUAGCCGGAACCUCAUGCACCCUCCUCCUGGUCACCGAGGACCGCCGUCGCCGCAUCAAUCAAGCCCGCAGUGCCAUAGAAAACGCCGAGAAGCUCUGCUUGGUGAAGCAGUACCAUGCGACAAGGUCCGCGCUCCAUCAAGAGCCUGCGCACCUCUCCGCCCUCGAGAGCCUGGAAGAGGCUGCGUACAAGGAGCCAAAAUGGAGCAGUCACAAGAGCUUGAAAUCUCGCCACAAAAACGCACCGGAAGACGACUGGGAGGGAAUAACCCCAACAAUCGGACAAAGCAAUCAAAGUGGGCAUCCGAGUGACGUGCGUGGCCAGCCUCGUCGCCACUACCGUCCCAAAGCAGGCCAGUUCAGCCGCAUGAGGAAAUCGACAGCAGCAUUGCGCCCGGUCCCCGUUCAUCCAGAACCCGCCAGUCAAACCGUCACUUUCCCCAAGCUAGGUGUCGACGAGAAUGUCAGGCGAAUAAGAGAAGCGGUCAUACUAGGCGAUGCUCGAAGCCUUGAGGCUGCCGUUGGUAUCCUGCAGAAGACCGUUCAAAGAAUCGGCCUCACGGAUCUCGACAAGACCAUGCUCGUCGAUGCAGCUGCACCACUUUGCCAGAAAUGCCAGGAAGUAGGCAUGUCGGAUCAUUGUGAGGAAAUACUACUGUGUGCUGUUGCGCUUGGGCCCAUGUCUGGGGACCAGUACUAUGCAUUCAACCCGCAGCCCAUGAUCGAAUCGGCUGUUGCUGCUACAGAAUCCACAUUGAGCAGAAGCGAGGCUUCCGGUACCGAGGACAAGGCUCGCCGUGCCGCAAAGCAGAAGCUCAACCGAGCUUUGUCUUUGUUCAUGCCGCGCUUCAGAGACAAGACUUAUGCCAGCCCUCGCUCGAGCGAUUGGCAGCAGAAUGCCGAGAAACUGAUGCAACUGGCUUUCGAUCUCGACUUGACUGACCAGGCCGCAGACGUAUUCUGGCGCAUCCAAUUUUACGGCGGGGACGCGGAUGCCUCGGUGACAUGGCAGUUUCUGACGCGUCUUUCCGAAAAGAAAGACUUCAACCGCGUCGUCAACACCUUCAGUUUGACGCGCCACAAGCUCCCCCAUUGUUCCAGCCAGUUAUGGUACGACAUUGGCAGUCUUGUGACUGAUGCUGUCGAAGCUGCCCCCAAGCAGAAACCGUCGAAGGUGCUGCUACAAUUACUGGGACAGUGCCCAAAGGAUUACCAUGUUCGGACGACAUGGGCCACCAAACUCCUUUAUUGCCACUGGAAGCGGGGCCAGGACUUCGAGGCAACACGAGGUCUGUUUCGCGAAUUCGAGAAUAUCCACGCAGGCAGAUUGGGAUUCAGGUUAGUCCGUUUUCCGGAUGGCGUUUACCGCGUCAUGCUGCAAAUUGCCGUGGAGGCAGAACAAUGGCAGACCGUGGAUGAACUUCUCGCCCGACUGCAGCAGAUAAAGCCGUCGUCGUGUAAGGAUGCUCGCAUACUCGGCCUCCUCGCCUUGGCAAAGGCCAAGGUCGGCGACUGGAACGGGGUAUGGGCAGAUUUCAAGAACAUGGAAGUGAAGGAUCGCAUUGACGACGUCUUCGUUCCUGUUCUCAAGGAGUUCAUCAAGACACACACAAUCAGUGAAACGGAAGAGUUCAUGAAAGCCUACAUAGCCGACUUGAAGGUGCCGGUCUGUCGGUAUAUGGUCAACGUGGUCGCCAACCAGUAUGGCGCGAUCCGCAAUGUUGAACUUUUCGUCAACUGGCUUGACUACUGUAGUCAGGCCGGCUUCGAGGUCGACGCCGCCUUCAGCAACGCCAUCCUCGUCAAUUGCAAACGCAGAUGGGACUUUAGCUUUGAGGAACUGAGAGUUGUCUAUUGCAAACUGAAGCUGCUCAGCCGGAACUUUGUCGACAGUUGGACUGAAAACACUAUGGUCAUCGCAGCGAUGAAAGUCAGGCAUCAUACCAGGUCGGCAUACCGCAGGAACAUCACGCUUUUGGGCAUGAAGAGUCGAGGCGUCUCUUCUGUGACGAAAGGCACAACGCCGGAAGACGUGCGGAUCGAAAUGAAGGAAGCUAUGACUCUACGCACCUAUAGGACGGUUUGUGGGAUCUACAAGGCAGCCCUUGCUCGAGGACUCACGCUCGACGGUGGCCAUGUGCGGCUGGCUGUCAAAGCCCAGCUCAAAGUCGACCGAGGGAAUCCACAAACGGUUUUCGACAUAAUCGCUGCGGCAAAAGCGAGAGGGGUGGAUGUUAGCACGACAAUAUCACCAGUGUUCUUCGGUCUGUUGCGACAAGUCUCGCGAGGGGAGAAGGUAGACAGAAACGACUGUCUGCGCCAGGUUCAGAACCUGAUCGGCCGAUUUGAGUCAAACGGACUCAGCCUCCCACCCGCAGCUUUCACGCGCGCCGCGCACGUCUGCAUGGGAGCGCGCCACUUCCAGGGUGCGAUAUCGCUUGCCAUGUCCGGUCUAGAGCGCAAGGGUGUGUUGUACCCUUGGGACGGCCCGACCUUCUCGCUCUUCUUGCUGGCCUUCACGCACAUGGUUGAUCUCAAGGGCAUGAAGUGGACCAUUACAGGGGCGUGGCAGGAGCCUUACUUCCAUAAGAAGACCGUGCUGAGAGCGCUCAAGGAUUCACGUGGCUUGUUGGCCAAGUCUAUCCAGACGAAUGAUGUUCAGAAGGCGGUUGGGGUGCUCGACAUGGCCCUGGACCUGGUGUUGCGAGUGCGUGAUGCUCUGGCCACAGAGCGCAAGAACCUGGAGAAAGACACGAUGGAGAUUAUGAGGCAGGCGGCGCUAGAAGCCAACCAGCGGGCGCUGAAUGGCCAAGGCCCAGAAGGAGGUGGCGGCGGUGGCGUUGACCCAGAGUUCGCCAGAAAACGGGAUGAGCUCCUACGGGAGUUCGAUGAACAGCAAAGGCGCGAGGAGGAGGCCGAGAGGCUGCAGCUCGCUGCAAGGGAGGCUGAGAUGAGGGACAGGGCCCUGGCUUCCGAGAGGUUCGAAUUCGAGCAGGCUGAAGAGGCCGAAGAGAUGGAAAGGAUGAUGACGGAGAAGAAGUACGAUAUCGCCGGGGGAUUCUGA